AUGCUUCGUCACCUGAGAAGAUUUGCCCUGGUGUGGAGCGACUUCGCCACGAGAGCGGCUCUGCUCCGAGUGGCCGACGCCAACAGUCGUCGUGACGUGUUGGGCGCCAUCCCCGAGUUCUAUGGUCCGCUGUCCAUCGCUAACCGUGAACAGCGCUGGGGGUACCACCAGCCGGAACAGAUCAACGAGACGUUCCAGAUGGCGUAUGAGCUUCUCGAACAGGACGCCGCCACCAAGUACGAGGAGGUGGAACAGCUUAAGCAGAAGCUCGCUUCGGCUGACGCCGACAAACAGGCGGGGUACCGCAAACGGAUCGCCGCCACGUUGGCCGCCGCCGAAAAACACAACCCCGAAGUGGUGUUUAACGUCGCCACUGAAACCGCUGAGGCCGACGACUUGUCGCAGCCCGUCUACCGGGAGUACGCCCGGAAGAAAUGGGCCGAGCACGACCGCAUGGUCACCAUGCAAAGAAUGGAACAAUUACACAUGAUCCCCGACACCUUACCCACAGUGGAACCCACCGCUGACAUUAAGGUGAAGUUCCCUCAUAAUGCCGAUGCGGAAUUUGCUCUGUGGGUGGAACCAGGCACCGUUUUACCCGGUUUUGCCGUGGCGCAACCGCCUACGGUUCAGAUCCGUCAAUUUGACGAUAUCGAGCCCGACACCUUGUAUACGGUAGCGAUGGUGAACCCUGACACUCCCGAUUUGGCCGCUAACUCGUUCCUGACGACGUUACACUGGGGGCUUGCCAAUGUCCUGCUUCCUGAUGCUCAGGGCAUUUUGGGCACUAAAUGGCAAAUGGAAAAUGCCGACAAGGUGUUCUUUGACUACGUGCCGUUAACUCCGGAAAAGAACGCCGGUGAAUUCCAAAGAGCGUGUCUCUGGGUGUGGCGCCAACCAGGUAAAAUCGAUGUUGGCUCUGUAAACGGCGAACACUUUGAUAUCCGUCAAUUUGCUGAAGCUCACCAGCUUACAGCCGUGGGUGGCCACCUCUGGCGGCAAAAGUACGACCGGCUGGUGCCGCUGCUUCGCCAACAGUACGGGUUGCCCGUAGGGAGAGUGUUCCACCGGGUGAGAAAAGCCCACCCCAUGGUGUAA